CUCCAAGUCAGUCGAGACGAUGACCGGGCUUUUAUCCGUAAAUCUUAUCGCAAAUUGGCCCGUGAGCACCAUCCGGACAGACAGCAAACUCCCAGUGCCAAAGCAGAGGCAGAAUUACAUCUACGCAAGCUUAAUAUAGCCUAUGAGAUUCUGAUGGAUGAAGAACAACGGCGUGACUACGAUUACAUGCUUGACAAUCCGGAAGAGACCUAUUUCCACUACUACCGGUAUUAUCGACACCGAUAUUCGCCCAAAAUUGAUGUCAGAAUAGUGAUUGCAAUCAUCGUGACUGUUCUGUGUGUUAUUCAGUGCCAACGUUCAGCUGUAGCAUCCCUCCGGUGCAUAGCUCUCAUGCCACUCGAAAGACGCCCGGGGGCUGGGAUAUUGCCAGGUUGUCCAAGCCUAGACAGGAGAAGUCGAGAUGCAGAGGUCGGGUUUGAACCACAGACCUUCAGGUCGCACCGUGCCAAAGCGCGCGAAAUCGCCAGUGCUGACGGUCUGUUGUCUGUGCGGAGAAAAGACAAUGGGGCGCGAUUUACGCGAGAAGAACUGAAAGAUCGAGAGGAAGCGAUACUUCGUGAUAUCAUCAGUAGGACUGUCGACCUUCGCGGAGACUGUGCGAAGCCUUCAUUACGACGGUUAUUCAUUUGUCAGUUGGUGUUGCUCCCCUAUACGUGCUAUUGCUGGCUAAUUUGGGCAUUCAAAUGGGUCUGGUUCUAUUGGAUACUUCGCCAUCCGUACGAUGAAGCAGCUAAAGUGUUCCUUACUCGACGACGUCUUGGAAUGAGUGAAGCUCAGUGGGAUGGCUUGGACGAGGAGCGACGAGAUGCAUUCAUGAAAAAACAACUGUGGGACCCGAUCGCUUUCCAGCUCCGGCCCAGUUCUCGUUACGGACUGCGUGAUAACUAUCCACGUGUAUGUGGGGCUGAAGAUUGGACCAAGUGGUUAGAGUGCGAAUUUACUGACCGGAAGGUCCGUGGUUCGAACCCGACCUCUGCCUCUCGACUUCCCCAGUCUAGGCUUGGGCGACCUGGCAGUAUCCCAGCCCUCGUGCUUCCUUCGGGUGGCAUGGCGGCUAGGCACCGAAAGGAUGCUAUGGUUGAACGAUUUUUUUUAACUUGA